AUGAACUUUUCACCCGUAACGGUUGCAACACCAGCAACAACAACACCAACAACAACAACACCAACAGCACCACCACCAACAACAACAACAACAGCAACAACAACAACAACAACAACGACACCAACAACAACGACAGCAACAACAAUAACAACAGCAGCAGCAACAGCAGCUUCUUCAUCAGUUACUGAUAACCGUAUCGCAGAAUUCUUAUCACGAAGGCGUGGAAUAGGAAAAACAUUGCCCGUUGGUUGGAAACCAUUGUUGCCACCUACAGAUGCUGUGCGCCGAAAAAUACUGGAUCAGAUUAUGACACGACGUAAAGAAGAGGAAAGAGAUCGCGCAGCUCGUGCAGCACGUGCUGAAGAACGUAAAAAUGAGGAAGAGAAACAUGCUUGGUACAAAGAAGAGAUAGCAGAAUGUGAAAAAAAGUAA